CUUUCGUUUCAUUCAGUAAUCACUUGAAACGAGAUUUGAACAAGGAUGGAAAUUGUUGCUUUUAUUUAUCAAAAAGGUUGUUUCAGAUGUUGUAGGUUUUACUGUUAUUAAUAAUGGAAGUUUCCGAAGCGUUGUACAUGUAUUGUACAUCUCUACAAUAGUUUUGUCUGGUUGUGUAUACCAGUGGGUCUCAAACUGGGGGCUGUGGCCUCCUGGGGGGCCCCAAGAUGGUUCCAGGGGGCCACAGAUUUUGUGGCAUUUUAGAAAUAUAGAUAUUUAUCAUACAUUUUGUGCAAUCAAACAUCAGAAAAACAACAUUACCAACCAAAAGAAUUGAUGUUUUAGCAUUGUUUAACUGAAUAUUUUCUUGGUUUAAUUAAAAUUUUAAGUUUAAGAUUAUAAGUCUUUAUUUGGGGGACGGCAAAGCAAUGCACUUUACACAAAGGGGGCCUUACAACAAAAAAGUUUGAGAACCACUGGUGUAUACUGUGUGUUUACUUUCUGUUUUUUUUCCUGCCAGGUUUUGCUAAUGCACAUUGUUGAGACAUUUUGUUGUAGAAAUUAUUCUUUAGCAUUACAUUUGAAUCUUGUUCUUGUCCUGUAUUGUUUUUUUUUUCCAAAUAAUCUUUAGUAUAAAGCGUUUUGGAUUGACAAAAGCUUUUAGAUGUUUGACAUGACAUUACACACCUUAAACAGCACAGGCGUUCUUUAAUAAAAUGUAAUACUCAUAAAUGGUUGUCCUAGCUUCCUUAAAUGCUAAGCAACAUCUAAAAAUGCAUUGUUUUAUUAAAAAAUGUUCAAAUGACAAUAGUUUUAAUUUAAGUGAUCUUGCAAUCUCCCACAAACUGACUGCCAGACACCUUCUGCACAAACAUACACGCAAUGAGCAAACUUGGGAGUUGUUUACAUAUGACAUUGUUUUAUUAUUUAAGUUUGUAUGAGAAACACUCAGGUUUUGCAAUGUUUAACUUUAUUUGCAUAGCAGGUAUAUUUGUAUUUCUGCAGUAUACUAGUGUAUAUUAGCUUGUCUUUAUGUAAUAAAAAAGAGACAUUUUUUAUAGAAAGAUAUGGUGUACAUUAUCAUAACAACCGCUUCUAUUGACAUUUCUGCACACUUCCCCUUUUAAAACCAAAACAAAGCACUCACAGUCAGUUCAUUGUUUUCAUGCCAAAGCUACUGUCACCCUGGCAACGAGCUGUAAACUCAAAGCUGCUUGAGGCAUAAAGACGCAAUGAAGACAAAGCGCUGACCCUUAAAAACACAAGGACGUAAAUAAAGGAACUGUUUGGUCAUUUAACUGCAAAAUUUUAAUCCAGAUGAUGGACAACAAACAGCUGGCACGGAUAUUCUAGAACACUGAAGUAUGGGGAGCCAUGAAAGAAGCAGACUUGUGGAGCUUCUGUUAAAGGAAGAUCUUGAGGCCGUGACUUUGGGGCUGGAGCAGGGACUCUACUGCUGGGAAGAAAUAGAUCUGCCACAUGAUUCAGAUGGCUGCACUCCUCUUAUUAGUGCCUGCAGGAUGGGUCUUACUAUGGUGAUGCGUUUUCUUCUGGAAAGAGGAGCAGAUGCCACCCUCUGUAACCAUAACAACCAGACAGCUCUUCAUGUUAGUCAGCCAGCACUCGAGGGGGAGCUGUUAUCGGCCUUGAUCAGAAAUUUACCCCACCAGAUGCAGCUCUCAGAUGCCGCCUGGAGGGGAGACCCCUGCAGUCUACAGGACCUGAUGGCCCAGACAGACUUGUUGGACUUUAAUAAACAGAACAGAGAUGGACUGACCCCUCUAAUGCAGGCUGUAAGAGAUGUAGAUCUGUUUGAAGGACUGCAGUUGCCAUGGAAAUAUCAGCCUGUGGAAGUGGUGAAGGAACUUAUGUCUCUUUCAGUUGACACAAAGAUCAUAGACCAAAGAGGUCACAGUGCAUUGUGGUACAUCUCUCAGAUCAGGAGCUCUAAAAAAGAAGAACUUCUCAGAAUAAUGGAUUCUGCGACACAAGCAGUGUUUACGUGUCUGGAAUGUUAUUGGCCUGGGAAUCCAGCCAUAACCCCCAGCUGCUCUCCUACACGUGACUGUUGCACACCUGAGAUGAAGACAGAGUCAUCUGAGAUUAUAGUUGCCCAAGCAGACAUAUACCAAGAUAACAGGAUCUACUCUGAGGGUUCAAUGGAGCCAAAGAUAACCAUCAGAAGAUACAGCAGUGAUGAGAGGAAACAGAGCAGUCGCACUUCAUCCCUGCCCAGCCUAUGGGGCAGCAGAAAAAGCUGGGACAAAAUAAGGCCCUUCCAUCCAUCACUUAAAAUGACUUCUUCGGUACCUGUCUGUACCCAGCUCAGCAAGUUGACAUCAACGCUGAUGGAACCUGCUCUUGAUGCAAGUUUGUUGCUGCAAGCACGGGCUAACAUUCAUAACAGGCUUAGAUGUGCCGAUACAGAGGAUGAAGUUAUCUCACAAAAGAUGGCACUACCAACCAUGUUUAGGACACCUAAACAUCUAGCGCCGCUCGACAGUAGAUAUAGAAAUGUCCCUGCUACUACAAGUAUUGAGCACCCACCACCUAUAAAGCCACCAAGCACCUUCCCUUUCUCGUCCGAGUGCAGACAAAAAGUGGAAAGGAUCUCCAGGCUACCUUUUAGAAGAUCCAGAAGCACCAGAGCAGGCAGUGAGGAGAGUCAUUCCUGCAGCAGUAGCAGCCAAGAAGAGGAGGAGAAUGUUCCUCAAGAGACAUACACAAUAAUCAGGGAACUGGAAUUGGUAUCUCAUUUGGAUUUUCAAGAUUUAAACAGUUCUGAAAUUAAUACUAUAAGAAACAAAGACAUUAUCAUUUCAGAUGAUAGAAAAGAUAAUAAACCUAUCGAAUCAAUCAUUGAUAGACAGGUAGAUGCUGAAGUGAGGAAUGUCUCCAAAACAAGUGCAAACUUUGAGGAACUUCAGAAAAAGUCUCAAAAUAUUGAUACAUAUCGCAAUGAACCCAGAAGCACAGCCACACGAGCAAGAGAUAAUGGAUCUUAUGUUAAUUCAAAUGAAAAGCACCUCAGAGAAUUUGGAGUAGAUCAAAUUCUAAAUGAAAAGAGCAAACCAGUAAAGGCCACCAAAAGAAAUGACAGAAAAUGCAAAGCAUCUUUUCACACAAAUCAGUCAUUCAAUAUUUUGGGACACAGAAAUCAGAGUACUGGAAAAACUACAAGCACCAGGAUAAAUUCACCAAUUCACUCCAAGGUGAAGCUCAGAGAAAACAAGCCCUCAUGUGUAGCUAUUGCAGCAGAGACCCCAAACAAAUCAUGUUUGCCAAGGAUGACACCAACAGCUUGCAAAAAAAACACAGAUGAAGUCACAACCACAAAGAUGGUCUCUGAAACUCGUCAAGACACAAGGUUGAGUUGUGAUGACAAGAAAGCGAGCUUUAACAGUCAAAAGCAAUUUCACAGAAAUCUGAGAAGUGCAGGACCCUCCAAAAAGCCAGUAUCAGGAGCAACACUGCGAGCAAAAUCUGCUGUGGAUCACGUCACGUACAACGACAUGUUUCUGAAGAUCAGUCAGGACGAUGAAGGUCCAACGAUUUAUGAAAUGUUUGCAACUCCAGUCUAUGAAAAUCUUAGAGUGGACAAUUCAGCUGAGAAAACCAAACCGGGCCAUACAUCACUUCAAGUUAACAGACAAAUCAAUGGAAAACAAAGAGGGCACAAAACAACAGAAAUUAACAGAAGAAAACUCAAGGAAUCUCAAUCUGGAAGAUACAGCCGGGCUAAAUGCAGGCAACACAAGAGAAGGGAUAGUGUUCCAAAACGGAUAAAAAAGCAUCUACCUUUUUCAGAGAAUAAACGUCACAAUGUAACUUCGGAUUGCGAGGCAGAGGAAGAGCAGGAAAACUCCAAAAUCCCAUUUACUGAAGAUGAUGGCAAGGAUGUUUCUAGUUGGGUUAUUAAAAGACAAAACAGUCCCAUACUGUCAGUGAUUGAAGAAGUUCUUUCAAACACUUUCUCCAAACCAAAUAUUCCCCAACAAAAUAGUUCUGUCACAAGAUCUGAAGCGCACCUCAUUCACUCUACAACACAUCAAGAGCCACAGACUCCAAUUAAUUUAGGUACCACGGGUGAACCUGAAAUAUCGAGCAUGAGCAGACUUCUAGCACAACCUCUGAUCAACACAUGGACAAGUGACAGAACAGUAUCACCUGUAUAUCAGAAGUUUCUAGAGGAGGUGGGUGAUGGACCUCUCACAGAAGACUUGCUCCGGUCUUUGGCAAAGGGGUUAAUAUCACUGGAGGAAAGAGAAGCUGAAACACUUGAGAGUGAAAAGUACGAUGGCAAGGAGUUUAGUAAUGGCUUACCUUCAAAAUUCAAGAAACUGUUAAAUGAGGACAUUUCCUCAGGUGAACUGAAAUAUGCUCAGAGAUCGAGAUCGUGUUCAGAUGAUGCAGCUGUCACAUGGACAAAAGGAGAAGUUCUGGGGAAAGGAGCCUAUGGAACAGUGUACUGUGGGUUAACUAGUCAAGGUCAACUGAUCGCAGUCAAACAGGUAGUAUUAGACGCUUCAACUUCAGAGAUUUCAGAAAGAGAGUAUGACCGACUGGAGAGAGAGGUGGAUCUUCUUAAGAACCUUCAACACGCUAACAUUGUUGGUUUCUUGGGCACAGCUCUAUCUGAGAACAUUGUAUGCAUCUUCAUGGAGUAUGUUCCAGGUGGUUCCAUUGCUAGUAUACUGGGCAGGUUUGGACCGCUGCCCGAGAAAGUGUUUGCCUUAUACACCCGACAGAUUCUAGAGGGGGUUGCCUAUCUUCACGCUAACAGAGUCAUCCACAGGGACCUGAAAGGGAACAACAUCAUGCUUAUGCCCACUGGAGUAGUCAAGCUAAUUGACUUUGGUUGCGCUCGCCGAAUAAACUGUCUGACUUUGAGUGGAAGUAAGGGUGACCUUUUGAAAUCUGUGCAUGGUACCCCAUACUGGAUGGCACCGGAGGUGAUCAAUGAGACAGGCCAUGGACGAAAAUCAGACAUUUGGAGCAUUGGCUGCACUAUGUUUGAAAUGGCUACAGGAAAGCCACCCUUGGCACACAUGGCAAAGAUGGCAGCCCUGUUUUACAUCGGGGCUCGAAAGGGCUUGAUGCCUUCUCUACCUAAUGACUUCUCUACAAAUGCUAGAGACUUUGUCCAGGCUUGCUUAACCAGAGAUCCAAGAGAACGACCAUCUGCAAAGGAGCUGCUAAGACAUCCAUUCAUCUCUCAUCACAGCCAAGCCUGCAGAAGGACUGUUAACUAACCUUUCUGUUUUUGUCAUUUCCAAAGUGACAUUGUCAAAACAACGAUACAAAUCAAAUUGAUUUUGUGACACUACUAUAAC